AGUUGUCAAAUGAACGUCAAUUUGUAAACAAAUGUAGUGUAGAAAAAUUAGAAAAUCUACUUAAAAAUGUCGAAAGAAAGCCAUAUUGAUCGCGAUUUGGAUUUAUCGAAUGCUAAUAGAGGAGUUUGGCUAGUGAAAGUCCCAAAAUACGUUUCCGAACGAUGGGAAAAAGCACCAGGAGAUAUGGAAGUUGGAAAGUUAAAAAUCACAAAACCUAUAGGUCAAAAGGCGCAAGUUUCAUUAACUCUUUCGCCUGCAAUUCUCAACUUAAACGAACCAGGACAAGAAAGCAUACCGAAGGAUCACCGACUAGAUGUUUCAACAGUUACUCAACAAACGUUAGGAGUAUUCUCCCAUGCCCAACCUGUAAAUACUGACGCUGUGGUACCGGAAACUGAGAAAUUAUACAUGGAAGGAAAAAUUGUACAGAAACUAGAAUGUAGGCCUUACGCGGAUAAUUGCUACAUGAAACUGAAGUUAGAGUCCAUUAGAAAAGCUUCUUUACCAAACAGGCAAGCUAAGAGAUUGGACAGAGUAGUACAAACUUUCAAGCCUGUGGCCGAUCACAAGAAUAACAUUGAGUACAUGGAAAAGAAGAAGGCAGAAGGGAAGAAGGCUCGUGAUGAUAAAGAUGCUGUAUUGGAAAUGCUAUUUGCAGCUUUCGAAAAGCAUCAAUAUUACAAUAUAAAGGAUUUAGUUAAGAUUACCAAACAACCCAUCACGUAUUUAAAGGAGAUUUUAAAGGAAGUUUGCAAUUACAAUUUGAAGAACCCCCAUAAGAACAUGUGGGAACUUAAGCCUGAAUACAGGCAUUACAAACAGGAAUUGGAGGAAUCUAAGAAGGAAGACUCUGACGAUGAUUAGAUACUAUUUUCACAUCGAUUGUAUAUAAGUUUAUUCAAACAAUAGCGUAAAAUAUUUGAACAGUUUUAAUUUUUGAAACAGUUAAUAAAAUAUUUUCAUAUACUACAAUUUAUGUAAAUAUAAUGGAACUAAUUUUGGAUAAUCAACGAAAAUCUAAUAUAAUACAUAUAAAAAUGGAUGAAACAUCUUUCAGAUCUAAAUAUAAAAAUACAAAAAUAGAAUAAAAACCGUAAGUAUCAAAAUUCCUUUUGAUCCUAUCAGGCAAUCCAUUCAAGUCUAUCGGCAAAUAGUAAAAACAUAAAAAAAUAAUUUAUAGAAAUGAAUACUUAAAGGACUCGAGAUCUUAAAAAUACCAAAUUAAAAUGUUUUGUUUGCGAUAUAUAAAAUCUAAACGCGACAUUUAUAAAAUGCGAAAUAGUUAUACACUGUCAGUUACUUGUUUUUCCUGUAAUGAGAUUCAUUAUAUAGAUAAAACCUGUGAAUUUUUAGUAGUACAGCCCGAUAAUUUUGGCACUUUACAUUAUUUAUCAACUGUACUGUUAUAAGGAAAUUUAUUUUUAUCAAAUUGCAAUUACUUCCUACACGCCUACACAUUCCGAAUCAAAUUCUCGAUUUCGAACCGCCGACUUUGAUAUCGAACAGCUUCCUCACGAAAUAAACUUGCACAGCCGUCGUCAUUACAACGACAAAAAUCUGAAUAAAAGACCAUCUAACAACGUACGAAUUGUUAUCCUGCAACAAAUUGAAAUCCCAAGCUUCCCUGCCCCUCGUAUGGUGCUGGUACUGCAACAUGUUGUUAAUAUUCCUCUCGACGCCCACUAUAGUAGACGUAAAGUUCUCCAUAUUCAUGUUCAACGAUUCAAUCUCCUUGGUGUACAAUUCCCACAAAUCGUACCGAACCACGGUUAUGUAUAUAUUAACCAGCUUAGCGGCGAAUUUCGAGAACUGGUUGUCGAUGCACACCGAGUAAUAACCCCCCAUCGACUGCUGGUCCUGGUACUCGCUGUUGGGCUUCCACUGAUAGGGGUGCACGAUCUGGCCGGUGGGGUGUCUCACCGCGAACCCGGCCAUCCCGUCGCCCCCUCUCACCACCUGGAAGCUCACGUAGAACGUCGCCCCCGGGUUAACAUAUUGGAAAUAACAGUCCUCCUUGCCAGCUUCUAUGUAAACUUUGUAGUCCAUCGCGACGGCCGGCAGGUUCUCGUACCAAGGGGCAGUCGCUUGCUGCGGUAUCGAGACCUCCACGUAAAAUACCAGUAGCAGGAAACAUUUCAAAAGUAACGUGGCAGUUUGGACCAUUUUUAAAACUGCUAGUGAUAGGGUUAGGUUAAGUUAAAAUAUGCGAACUUUCACUUCGAUGUUUGAUGUUCAUUCACUUGUAAAUGGGUUUGAUUGAAAUGCGAUCUAAAUGGAAUGUAAAGUAAACAGUUUAUACAUGAUUUCGUCAGAGGUUUAUGGUUCAAUUUUUGUUGGAAAUUUCAAAACAUAACCGUUGUUUUAAGUAGUAACAGGCAUUCUAUUCUGGCAUUUAUGACAUGACAU